CGAGCCGAGCAGCGGCAGAUGCGCGAGGGCGCUCGGAGAGACCCCAGUCCGCCGCUGCCUCCAGGAUCAUUGGCAUCAGCCUCCAGGAAGCUCAGCAGAUCCUCAACGUCUCAAACCUCAACCGGGAGGAGAUCCAGAAGAACUACGACCACUUGUUCAAGGUGAACGACAAGUCGGUGGGAGGCUCCUUCUACCUGCAGUCCAAGGUGGUGAGAGCCAAGGAGCGGCUAGACGAGGAGCUCCGCAUCCAGGCCAAGGACGAGAAGGAGAAGGGGUGGAAAGCCGAGACGUGA